AACAAUCACAAUCCAUGCCCACAAUUGCAUGCACAGUUUGUUGUGCAGUGGGGGCGGUGACUUCAGUAUAAAAGUCUUUGUCCUGUGUCAGUGUCAUCACUUGUCCCUUCAUCACCUGUACAGCAGCUCUCCUUACAUUCACCCAGCAGAAUAGUGAUGGCAGCAGCAGCAGCUUUGUCUAGUAGCAGAGGAGUGGCUGGUGUCAAAGGCCUGUUCUUCAUCUUCACUGUGCUGUGUCUGGUUUGCUUCGUGAGUUCACUGAUUGAAAAGGACGAACUGAAAAAGCUCAAACAAAAGGUUCAGAAAGCAGAACAAGAACUGGACUGGCAGAAGGCAGAAAGAGCCUUUACUUCAGAGGUCAUGAAUUAUUGUUCAAACUUAAUGGAUCCACUGACAGCAUUAGUGAAGAAAACCACAAAAGGAUUACCUGAUGACUUUCCACCACUGGAUGGACUUAUGGACAACCUCAAGGUCUUCAUUGAGAAAACCAAGAGUUAUGUAGAUGCGGAAUAUGCAGAGGAAGAUGAAGAAAUGGAGAACACUGAACAGGAACUGAAAGAAAUGAAGAAAUUAAUAAAAUCCAUUGAGGAUUUUCAAGCUGAAUUGUAACUUCCAUGUCAGUUAAUGCCUGUAUCUCUGUGAAGUUCCUUUUUUGUAUUGUGCAACUUUAUCUUAAUGUUUCUCAUGAAUUCCUUUAAAUUGUACUUAACUUUAAAUUUUGCUGAAUACAUUACAAAUAUUAAAUAACAAUUUUGGAAAUGGAACAUUAUUGAUAAAAUUCUGUUUUUGUUUUCUUGUUCUAGCUUACUUUCUUGUAUUUAUAAAUAUUGUUCAUAAAUGAUGAAAUUUAACUAUUGUACAUGGAAUUCAGCACAUCAUGGACAACUGCAAUAAAUUCAAUGCAUGGGA